AUGCCCAUGUUCGCCAUUCACACCAAUGUCUGCAAGGACGCCGUGCCCGAAAGCCUGCUGGGCGACCUCACCCAGCAGCUGGCGAAGGCCACCGGGAAGCCCGCGCAGUACAUUGCUGUGCACAUCAUACCUGAUCAGAUGAUGUCCUUCGGGGGCUCCACUGACCCCUGCGCACUCUGCAGCCUCUACAGCAUCGGCAAAAUUGGGGGGCAGCAGAACAAGAGUUACACCAAGCUCCUGUGUGAUCUCAUCUCCAAGCACUUGCAUGUGUCUGCAGACAGGGUCUACAUCAACUACUUCGACAUGAAUGCUGCCAACGUGGGCUGGAAUGGCUCCACCUUUGCAUAGAGCUCUCCUGUCUGAAGAUGCUGCUCCUGGACCCACCCUCAUCCUAUCCCUUAGCAGAGACCACUGCACAAAUAGCCGUGUUGCACUUUGUGCACUCUCACAGAUUGAUGCCUCCUUACUUAGUGUGUUUGAAUAUUGCUGC